AUGUCAUUUUCCAAUCAGACACCUACUAUUGUGGUGUUGAAAGAGGGUACCGAUGCCUCACAGGGUCGUGGCCAGAUCAUCACUAAUAUCAAUGCCUGCUUAGCGAUUCAGGAUACUUUAAAGCCUACGUUGGGUCCUUUUGGUUCCGAUAUUCUUAUAGUCUCGUCCAAUGGUAAAACCACUAUUUCCAACGAUGGAGCCACUAUUUUGAAACUUCUCGAUAUUGUGCACCCUGCAGCACAGAUGUUGGUGGAUAUUUCUAGAUCACAGGAUGCUGAAGUUGGUGAUGGAACCACUUCGGUGACAAUUUUGGCUGGAGAAUUGCUUAAAGAAGCCAAGGGGUUUAUUGAAGAUGGAAUCAGCUCAUACUUGAUUACAAAAGGUUACAGAAAAGCAUGUGAGUUGUGUAUGGAGAAGAUUCAGGAGAUUGCAGUUGAUAUCAAGACUGGUGACAAGCAAGAGUUUAGACAGUUAUUGGAGAAGUGUGCAACUACUGCGAUGUCGUCGAAGUUGAUUAGUCAGAACUCGAGUUUUUUCACAAAGAUGGUUGUUGAUGCUGUGUUGAGUCUUGAUCCAAAUGACUUGGAUGAGAAAUUGAUUGGUGUGAAGAAAGUUCCAGGUGGUGGUCUUGAAGAGUCAAUGUUUGUUGAUGGUGUUGCUUUCAAAAAGACAUUUUCGUAUGCAGGAUUUGAGCAGCAGCCGAAAUCUUUUGAUGAUCCUAAAAUUUUGGCAUUGAAUGUUGAGUUGGAGUUGAAGGCGGAAAAGGAUAAUGCUGAGGUUAGAGUUGAGCAAGUUAAGGACUACCAGGCUAUUGUUGAUGCUGAAUGGCAAAUUAUUUUGAAUAAGUUGGAGGCUAUAUAUGCUUCUGGUGCCAAUAUUGUAUUGUCGAAGUUGCCUAUUGGUGAUCUUGCUACGCAGUAUUUUGCCGACAGAAAUAUCUUUUGUGCAGGAAGAGUUGCUAGUGAAGAUAUGGAGAGGGUGUUGCAAGCUGUGGGUGGUAGAUUGCAAAGUACGUGCUCUAAUAUUCAAGCGGCAGAUUUGGGAACGUGUAAAAAGUUUGAGGAAGUGCAAAUUGGUAGUGAGAGGUAUAAUGUGUUUACUGGUUGUCCUGAGGCCAAGACGUCGACAUUGAUUUUGAGAGGUGGUGCUGAGCAAGUCAUUGCUGAAGUUGAGAGGUCUUUACACGAUGCUAUAAUGAUUGUCAAGAGAGCUGUAAGUCAUCAUCAAGUUGUUGCAGGGGGUGGUGCUAUAGAGAUGGAAUUGUCAAAGUAUUUGAGAGCUUAUGCCAAGACAAUUGCUGGUAAGCAACAGUUGAUUAUUAGUGGAUUUGCCAAGGCUUUGGAAGUUAUUCCUAGACAAUUGUGUGAGAAUGCUGGGUUGGAUGCGAUUGAGUUGUUGAACAAGUUGAGAAGUGCGCAUGCCAGAGGUGAGACAUGGUAUGGUAUUGAUUUCCAAUUGGAGAAUGUUGGUGAUAAUAUGAAGAGUUUUAUUUGGGAGCCAGCAUUGGUCAAGGUCAAUGCUAUUGCGUCUGCCACAGAGGCUGCUACAUUGUUGUUGUCUGUUGAUGAAACGAUAAAGAAUGAUCAACAGGACCAGCAGCAAGGUGGUGGUGGUAUGCCAGGUAGAGGUAGAGGUGCAUACUAA